UCUCUAGCAGUUCUUCAAAGGAUUGAAAGAGCCCCAUCACAUUUGUGGGAUGAGGAUCAACGGGAGCUGUUGACUAUUCUAUACAGGUGGUACGACAAUUCUGAUCCGACUAUUCUUCCCCGAGUGUUCAACGAUGUUACCGGACUUGAACUUCGGGUAUCGGUCGUACGUCAUCAAUUUGAGAGUCAUGUGUUGCUGUAUGGCGGACGCGCCUUUCCUGAGUACGCCCGGGUAAUGGCUAUUCCAUUCCACGAUCCAGAAGGGCGGUACAAUGCAAUUCGUGGGAUUAUAGAAGAAACUGCUGCAGACUUGGGCAUUGGUUUACAGCGCAGAGAAACAGAAAUUGUAUUCGACUCUGGCACCGCGCGGUGGGCAAAGUCCCCAAGAACCAGAAGAACGUAUAGAUCCAUGGUCCGUCGCGCUGCGCAAAAGGAGAAAGAAAAGAGUCAGAUUUCUCGAUUCAAUCAACCUGUUAUAUUGCCGUCAGAUCAGCCAGAGAUACCCAUAUCAGAAUGUCUACUCGGGAAUGUAGCAUUGUCCACGGACAACCAAGACGAGGAAAAGUGGUCUGAUGUCGAAAACCCGAGCCCCCGCACAGUUUUAGUGGAAGAAUUGCGGUCCUCUAUAGAGCCUAUCAAGCGAAAAAUUGCCUUUCGCGUCUGGGAUAAAAACAGCCGGACUGUAUUCAGUAAAGAAGAUGGGUUUGUAAGCCAGGCUUUCACCAUCUGGCGCGGUGAAUAUCCUCUUCCAUUUACUCCAGACGGCGAGGGCAGAGCUGCACUGAAGCUUUUAACCAACUUGCAUUUGUGCUUAAAGGGCGGAGCGUCUACUUUUGUUUCCUUGUCUACAAGCUCACUGCAGGCUUUGGUCAAAGCAAGCACCAUGGACGACCCACGGAUAGCUGUCGAACGCAUGGUAUGGGCCUCUGUACCCGCCGAAGCAAUCCUCCAUCACUUCCCCAUCGCCGACCUCCACAUCCUCGCCGAAAGCGACCCCAUCUGCUCCCAGCUCCUCAAUCUCUCCGCAUUCCAACCCCGCAGAAGCACACGCCACGUUUCCGAUCGCAUGCGCCAACAGCGCAAUACCAUCACUACCCAUACCGUACGAGCCGUAGCAGCCAUCGCCCGCGCUUUCGGCAUGCACCGUGAACGCGUUAGUCCCGUUCAUAUCCAAGGCUUCAUCGCCGCCUUGGUCGAUUCCUUCCAACUCCGCUCGCACAACACGCCAGACUCCCAAGCGAGUCUCAUCGCACACUGCUUUGCAGUCACGCUGCGAUCUCGUGUCCACCCCGUUGAAGACGUUGCGACGGCCUUUCUCGACGGCCUCAGCCAGGGCAACGACGUCAUUGCAUACUACGCGCGUCGU